CAUAAGUCAACCGUGUUGUCCUAUGGAUAGAACGAGACUCAGACUGUAUCUUCUUCUGUGUAUGUGUGUAUAUGUUUUGUGCCAGCAAGCACCCCAAGCAUUUUUGUAAAUAUUUUUUGUCAUAAUUCAUAUCACAUAUCUUUUCAUCAUUUCUUAUCUCAUGCUCAUACGUGCCAAUUAAGUAUCUUCUAAGGUCCUCAUAAGUAUAAGGUGCCAAUUCAAGUCAGAACCGUUGGACAAACUAGCAUUUCGAAGCCGUUGAUAAUGGUUAAAAGACAACUUUUGUUGCUUUCUUCUUCAAGAGUUCACGGUUACGGAGGAUUUUUGGAGUACGCCUCCAAUGAUAUCUGCAAUAUUCUAACUGACAACAAUGUAUCGACUGUGUUAUUUAUUCCUUAUGCCAAAAGAAACCAUGAAGAAUAUCUACGAUUGGCUGAGAAACCAUUCAAAAAAUGGGGUAAUUAUCCAUUUCCCUUGACUCUCCAUAUACACAAGGUCUGUCGCAAAGUAAAUAGGGCUUUUGAAAGAUGUCCGAUACAAGUAGCGCCAUCUAUUAUCGAAGACUAGCG